CCCCCCCCCCCCCCCCCCCCCCUCCAACUACUCAAAACCCUAGCUAAACCCCCGGCCUCCGCCGCCGGCGACCUCCUCCGCCGGCGAGAUGAGCUUCAAGGGAGCGAAGAUGCCCAGCGCACCGGCGGGCGGGAGCGCGCUCGUGAAGGUGGCGCUCGUUGGCGGCGCGGGGCUCUACGCCGUCCUCAACAGCUUCUACAACGUGGAGGGCGGCCACCGCGCCAUCGUCUUCAACCGCAUCGAGGGCAUCAAGGACAAGGUGUACCCCGAAGGAACCCACCUGAUGAUCCCGUGGAUCGAGAGGCCCAUCAUCUACGACGUCCGCGCCCGACCCAACCUCGUCGAGAGCACCUCCGGAAGCCGGGAUCUCCAGAUGGUGAGGAUUGGUCUUCGUGUUCUUACGCGACCAAUGCCGGAUCAGCUACCUAAAAUCUACAGGAACCUGGGGGAGAACUUCAAUGAGAGAGUCCUGCCUUCAAUCAUUCAUGAAACGCUCAAGGCUGUGGUUGCGCAAUACAAUGCCAGUCAGCUGAUCACCCAAAGAGAGGCUGUAAGCAGGGAGAUUAGGAAGAUUCUGACUGAGAGGGCCAAUAACUUCAAUAUUGCACUGGAUGAUGUGUCCAUCACAAGCCUCAGCUUUGGGAAAGAGUUUACACAUGCCAUUGAAGCAAAACAGGUUGCUGCCCAAGAAGCAGAGCGUGCCAAGUUCAUUGUUGAGAAGGCUGAGCAAGACAAGCAAAGUGCGAUCAUCAGGGCUCAGGGUGAGGCUAAGAGUGCAGAGCUGAUUGGUCAGGCCAUUGCCAACAACCCCGCUUUCCUGGCUCUGAGACAGAUUGAAGCUGCGAGGGAGAUUUCACACACCAUGGCGAGCUCAAACAACAGGGUGUUCCUUGACUCCAAUGACCUUUUGCUUGGACUCCAACAGCUGAGUGUGAGCGGCAAGCAAAAGAAGUGAAGUCUCCGCAGAGGAGUAGUUUAAGAGGAACACUUGUCUUUUUUUUUAGUUUAAGAGGAACACUUGUCUUGUUGAGUCCCUUCGCGACACGACAUAUCAAACUGCUUGUGUGACAAAUGUGUCUAUCUAUCAGCAAAAAGAUCGAUCGUGAGAUGGUCAUUCAAGUGUAUGUCGUUCUUAGAGACUCGUAAAAAAGAAUUGCGUCGCUGCCCAUUUUGCUAAUAAGUUGGAAUCUUAAUUUUGUUGCCGGGAUUCUGCAGGUAGCUAGUCAUGAAGUUUAGCGUGAAUAUUUUUGUUUUGUUAUGUAUAAGAACUUGCAUAUGAUACUUUUCCA